CUCUCUAUCCUUUUCUCUCUUCAGAGCCAUGGCAGUGGGAAUUGCAGUAACAAGCCAUGGUGGGCACUACAAUGGAAGAAUAACCCUAUUUGUGGUUCUAUCUUGUAUGAUGGCUGGCAUGGGAGGAGUCAUUUUUGGAUAUGAUAUUGGAAUUUCAGGCGGGGUGACCUCAAUGGAUUCAUUUCUAAAGAAAUUCUUCCCGGAGGUGUACAAGAGGAUGAAAGAAGACACCAAGAUUAGCAACUACUGCAAAUUUGACAGUCAAUUGUUGACCUCAUUCACAUCCUCCCUGUAUAUUGCUGGCCUUGUUGCUUCCUUUGUUGCUUCUUGGAUCACUAAAAAGUUCGGGCGCAAGCCAACCAUCCUUGCUGGAGGGGCUGCCUUUCUCAUCGGAUCAGCACUAGGUGGUGCCGCCUUCAAUGUCUAUAUGGUUAUAUUAGGCCGGAUUUUGCUUGGCGUUGGCGUUGGUUUUGCAAACCAGGCAGUGCCACUCUACCUAUCCGAAAUGGCACCACCAAGAUACAGAGGGGCAAUCAACAAUGGCUUUCAAUUCAGCAUUGGCGUUGGGGCUCUAUCAGCUAACCUUAUUAACUUUGGCACUGAAAAAAUCAAAGGCGGUUGGGGCUGGCGAGUUUCUCUAGCAUUGGCUGCAGUUCCGGCUUCAAUCCUCACCCUAGGGGCACUUUUUCUCCCAGAAACCCCCAAUAGCUUAAUCCAACGAAGCAAAGACUAUGGAAAGGCUGAGCUGAUGUUGCAGCGUGUUCGAGGCACAAACGAUGUCCAAGCAGAACUUGAUGAUCUGGUAAAAGCAAGCUCCCUAGCAAAAACCAUCAAUGACCCGUUCAAGAAAAUCUUGCAAAGGAAAUAUAGGCCUCAACUUGUUAUGGCAAUCGCUAUACCAUUCUUUCAGCAAGUAACGGGAAUCAAUGUCAUUGCAUUUUAUGCUCCCGUACUUUUCCGGGCAAUUGGAUUAGGUGUGAGUGCAUCCCUCCUGUCAGCAGUUGUGACCGGCGUAGUUGGUAUGGCCUCCACCUUCAUCUCAAUGCUCAUAGUAGAUAAACUCGGCCGAAGAGUUCUUUUCUUAGUCGGGGGAAUACAAAUGCUGGUCUCACAAAUUAUGGUAGGAGGAAUAUUGGCAGCUGAGCUUGGUGAUCAUGGUGGGGUGAGCAAAGUGUACGCUUUUCUGGUUCUGCUUUUGAUUUGUGUUUAUGUCGCUGGGUUCGGGUGGUCCUGGGGUCCAUUGGGAUGGUUGGUUCCAAGCGAGAUUUUCCCACUCGAGAUUCGAUCAGCUGGGCAAAGCAUCACAGUGGCAGUCAGCUUUAUCUUCACUUUCAUUGUAGCUCAAACAUUUUUAUCUAUGCUCUGCCAUUUCAAGUCUGGGAUUUUCUUCUUUUUUGGGGGUUGGGUGGUGUUGAUGACUGCAUUCGUGUAUUAUUUGCUGCCAGAGACUAAGAGCAUUCCCAUUGAACAGAUGGACAGAGUCUGGAAGGAGCAUUGGUUUUGGAAGAGAAUUGUGGUUGAAGAGCUCAGCAACCCUAAAAUGGAGACAGCCUAAAGAUUCAAUACAAAUCUCAACAGCAUCCUCCUCUAAGGAAAAACUGUUAAUGCAUGCAUUCAUAUACAGUUUCUAAAUUUAGUGGUUGCUAGACCUUAACUGCUUGUUUAGUUCUGUUGAGCCAAAGAUCCAGAAGGCAGCCUUUCAUGCACUACAAGAAUGAGCUAGCAGUCAUAGAAACAAUGAUCGUAAAUUGCCCGA